AUGGAGAGCGCGCCGUCGCGUCGUCAUCCGCGGCGUGAGGACCUAGAGACCGAGUCACAAAAGGCGGAACGUCUCAAAGCCAAAGCCCACCGCGAUAACUUGGCGCAAAAGGCAGCGGAGCGGCGAAAAUUCAAGCUGCUGGAACAGCAGCGUGCACAAAGCAUGCAGAUUCCUGGUUACCUGGCCUCGCCGCAGCCGUACUUGCAACUGCCUGGCGGGGCAGCGGCGGACUCGCAAACGGCGCUGCCGCCAGGGCACCCCCUGUACUAUAUGCUUGGGCCGUACCAGUACGACGCGGCCAUGUUCCAGCAGAGUUACUUGCAGGCGUACUUGCACGGCGCCGCUGGCGGCGGCGGCGGACAACGCUUGUCGGAGGUAUUUGGUGAGCGCAGCGACGGCGCCGUCAGCGCCAGCAGCAGCCGACCGGUGUCGGCGCUGAGCAGCGGCAGCGCGGCGGCGGCAGCAGCUGCCGCCGCUGCGGCCGCGGACAUGGCGGUGGCGCCGCCGCCGCCUAUCAGGAUCUACUCGGGCCCACUGGCGCGCGCGGCGGCCGCCGGCGGCGGCGGCGGCAGUGGCCAGCGGCCCGGGUCGUCCACGGGAACCAGCGGCCGCAACAGCCCGAUGUCGGCCGGCGGAGGGGGACAGCAGCAACAGCAACAGCAACAGCUGCAGCAGUUGCAGAUGCAGAUGCAGCCCCAGCACGCAAUACAGGAAGGGCAACAAAUUCAACUACAACAUCAACAAUCGGGGGCUUUGCCCCUGCAACCCUUUCUUGGCCACCAACGGCGGCCUUCCUCGGCCGCAUCCCGCGCCAGCGGGGGCAUCGGGGACCUCCAGCAGGCCAACGGUGGCGGCGGCGGCGGCGGCGUUGGCGGGCUUGCCGUCGCACAGGCGCAGUCCGUCCGACCCGUCUCCGUUGGAAGCGCACACAAUCACGUCCGGCACGCCCACAACAACACCUUCGAGACUACCGGCACUUAUUACGCCGCAGGUUUCUCAGGCGCCCAGGAUCUUGGGGCUGGGGAGAGGGACCAGCACAGUCAGGGGACCGGGCCGGGGUCGGGGCCGAGCCCGGGUCGGGGGCUUGUCGUCAGCGGCAGCAGACCACCUUCCGCCACUACCGGUCCACUUACCAGUAUUCGUGACAAGCUUCAGCCCGGCGCCGGCACCGCAGCCGGCGGCGGCGGCCAUACCGGAGGCGCCGGCGCUGGCACCGGCCCCUCCCGCAAGCAUUCCUUCGCAGCGGCGUUAAACGCAAGCAGCAUUGCCGCCGCUGCGGCAUGGGAUGCUGCCAUGGCGGCGACGGCGGCGGCGGCGGGCCAGGACCCCGCCAUGAUCAUGCAGUACCUGGGGUUCAAUCGGAUGCGGCCCGAGAGCGCGAGCCAGCGGCUGCGGCCCACGUCAGCGGCCAGCCAGCCGCUGGUGGUUGUAGCGGGCAUUUCAGGGUCUGCUAUCCCCGGUAGCCCUAAGGCGGCCGGCGGCAACAUGGCGACGCCGCAGUCGCCGCGGGUAGUGCCUGGCGGAGCAGUCGUACCCGGCGCACAUUCCUCGGAGCGGUACAACGGCGCCGGUGUCACCGGCCGACUCUGGUCGGCGGCGCCGUCAGCGUCGUCGUCGUCGUCGUCAGCCGCUGCGGGAGCGGCGGCGGCGGUGGCGACCAGCGCUCGUCAGCGGUCGUUCACCGGCGCGGGCUCCUACGUGCCAGUGGUGGUUGUCACAGGGAUGACGGCGGGGGCCCCAGGGGCCUCCGGCGGCAACACCGCAGGUGCAUCCAGCCCCAGCAGUGGCUCGCUGUCGGC